GCGCCACCAGCAGCUCAUCGACGCCCAGGCCUUCAACAAGUGGCUGGCGGAGCGGCGGCUGAGGAAGGAGGGCGAAUCCCACGCCGACUCAACCGGAGGAACACGUCCGAGUCGGGAGCCUACGGGGGGCUCAUGUAAAAUGGAGCUAGUGCUGGUGGUGCGGGAGGGCGUGUGGAUGCUGGCGUCCGAGGCCGUGGAGAUCCCCCUGGCCUUCGAGCAUGAGCUGGAGGAGCACGAGGAGGGGCAGGAGAUCCUGGGGCUGCUGAAGCGCCGCUGGACGAUGCCGCGCCGCGUGGCCCUGCAGUACGACACGCGGACGAGCUAUCUGUGCGAGGCGGUGGAGCGGGCCAGCGAGCUCAGCUACCUGGGGAAGCGGGGCCUGCGGGUCCUGGGCUACAUCGCCGAAGGAGAGCCCCUCCCCAUCACCUAUCCAAACCGCAACGCAUCCAUCCUGACUUCCAGUCACUUCUGGCUUCAGGACCUCCCCGACAGCACGGAGCCCGAGACCGUGGACCCUGCAGCAGCCUUUGAGGAUGAUCGGGAAGGGUACGAUGGCGCGCCCUUCCCCAGGCGCGACUUCCUGCGCCCCCGGCCCUUCGACCUGGACAGCGAGUCGGGGCCGUGGACCCAGGCCAGGCUCUGA